GUUUGCAUGUGUACCCCUAACCAUUCGAAUCAUUUAAACCGCGAAAAGCUGCACAUUGGUCAGGAUGGUUGAUACUGUUAAUAAGGAUAUUACUUCGGAGCACAUUAAUAUCAAAGUUCAGGGGCAAGAAGGCUCAAUCAUUCACUUCAAGAUAAAGAAGAAUACUCCUUUAAGGAAGCUUAUGAUGGCUUACUGUGAAAGGCUGGGCUUGAAGCAGCCUAGUGUGAGGUUCAUUUUUGAUGGGAAUAAUGUACAUGAUACUGACACGCCUGCUUCGCUGGAGAUGGAAGAGAACGACACUAUUGAAGUCUUUCAAACACAAACAGGUGGAUCAUAAAUAUAAGAUUAAAAUUCAGAACUAUAUACACUUUGUUGUACGCCAAUAUUUGAGCAUAUACCUGAAUAUUUACAUAAACAGCGAAAUAUUCAUGAAUUUUUCUACUGUGCAUUUGCUUUGUUCAAUAUUACUAUGAUCUUCGA